CCUAAUUUGUCAUGUUUGCUGCUCUUGUGCGGCCUUCCUCAUCAUGAAUGAAAUGCUACCUUGCAAGUUGAAGACUGUGUUAUUGCUAUUGAGCAAGUGUCCUAUAAAGGUCCCCUGUUGUUAAAGGCCUACUCUCUUAAUUGUCCAUGUUGAUGAGGUCCCAUGAAAAGCACAGUUCCAAGUGUACCAUUACAAUCAUGCUUGCUCAAUUAUGACCACUGUUCUAUCGAAACAUUAUUCGAGUGGUAAAAUUGGAUUCAUGAGGCCCAGCAGGAGCAUUUUGAAAGAAAAGGAGGCCAAAUCUCGACUAAAACAUAAUUCUAAAGGGAAUGCUGAAAGAUGUGCUUGACUGUAGGGGAAUUUUGGUCUGACAAAAAUGCUUUUGUUGAUUCAUCUGAACUGUGUGUGUUCAUCCUAGAUGAUAUUGGACAGCAAAACAACAUCCACCAUGUUCUCCACACAAGAUUUUACAAUGGAGUUGGAAAUAUUCAAGAAGCCGUCGUAGUAGACCAUGACCUUGGAGAAGACGGUUGAGAUAAACUGCAGUGAAUAUACCCUUGUCUGCAAAGUAUCCUUGCUCUAGGGGGAGGAAAUCUUACUGCUUUAGAUUAUUUGUGUUUUCAUAAGAUGGAAUUAGAAAACAAAGGAAAUGUGUUGAUGCACAAGUACGAGGUUGGAAGAAUGUUAGGGAAAGGUACUUUUGCCAAGGUUUACUAUGCGAGGGACUUGAAGUCUUCCCAGAGUGUUGCAAUAAAGGUGAUUGACAAAGAGAAGGUGUUUAAGGUUGGACUUAAUGAUCAGAUUAAACGAGAGAUAUCAGUGAUGAGAUUGGUGAAGCAUCCAAACAUCGUAGAGCUUUACGAGGUCAUGGCCACCAAAUCUAAGAUAUACUUUGUUCUGGAGUAUGUCAAAGGUGGUGAGCUGUUCAACAAAGUCGCCAAGGGCAAACUUAAAGAAGAUGCCGCCCGUAAGUAUUUUCAGCAGCUGAUCAGUGCCGUGGAUUUCUGCCAUGGCAGAGGUGUCUACCACCGCGAUCUGAAACCAGAGAACCUUCUGCUUGAUGAGAAUGAGAAUUUGAAGAUUUCAGAUUUUGGGUUGAGUGCUCUUGCAGAGUCAAGGAGACAGGAUGGUUUACUUCAUACAACUUGCGGUACUCCUGCUUAUGUUGCUCCUGAGGUGAUCAGUAGAAAAGGAUAUGAUGGAGCAAAAGCUGACAUAUGGUCUUGCGGGGUGAUUUUGUUUGUUCUUAUGGCUGGUUAUCUCCCAUUUCAUGAUCCAAAUCUCAUCGAAUUGUAUCGGAAAAUUACAAAGGCAGAUUUCAAAUGUCCCAAUUGGUUUCCCUUGGAAGUUAGGAGACUGCUUGCAAGAAUUCUUGACCCGAAUCCUAUUACUCGGAUAACAAUUCCAAAGAUUAUGGAGAAUCCUUGGUUUAGAAAGGGAAACAAUGGCGGAUCAAACGGGAACGACAAAGAAAUGCAAGAGACUGAUCGAGACAAGAUCAAUGAAGUUUCAGAUUCCCAGAGUAUCAACAUGAUUGAGAGGCCAGAGGUUGGGAAGUUGACGAACCUAAAUGCUUUCGACCUUAUCUCUCUUUCAGAUGGAUUCGAUCUUUCUGGCAUGUUUGAGGAGACUGACCAUAAGAAGGAAGCAAGAUUCAUAUCCCACCAUUCUGCAUCUACCAUCAUCGCAAAAUUGGAGGAUAUCGCAAGAUUCUUGAAGCUAAAAGUGAAGAAGAAAGAUAACGGGACGCUGAAAAUGGAAGGAACCAGGGUAGGAAAAAAAGGAGUGUUAGCCAUUGACGCAGAGAUCUUCGAGGUCACACCCCUCUUUCAUCUGGUGGAGAUGAAGAAGACAAACGGAGAUACCUUGGAGUACCAAAAACUGUGGAAGCAGGACAUCAGACCGGCUCUUAAGGACAUCGUAUGGGCAUGGCAAGGAGAGCAUCAGCAACAAUAGUCUUCGCCGUAUAUGAUGAAUACGUCUCGAGGAGUCGAAAGAUCUUGUUGGUGAUACAUUGCUGUUGGGGAUUGUGGGGACAGAUGAAGCUAUUUUAUGAGGUGUUUCUGAGUACUGAGUACCAACUCAACUAAUGAAUGAUGUUUACAUACUUUAUAUUUGGAUUUAAUUUAACGAGGACUACUGCGCCGUUGUCUUGUU